AUGAAAAAUGUUACUCAAUUCUCUAUUUAUAUAUUUCCAUCGGGCUCACAAGGGCCGCAUUCAGAGCAGGACGGUCCUCCUAAUCAGCAGGUGCCAAGCCAUCCAGGUUUGCAGUACGGUCAACCAUCAUCAACGAGCCAGACUCAAACCCCUCCUACCGGCACGGUUUCCUAUAUUCCCCCACAUUCUCACUAUCCUGGUUACGUUCAGGGGGUUCCCCAAGGCCCGCACCAUGUGCAGCCCGGUCCCCCACAGAUGCAGCAAGGGCCAGGACAGCUGCAGCCAGGGUCACAGCAGAUGCAACAAGGUCCACCUCAAGCACAAGGCCCACCGCAAAUGCAACAAGGGCCGCCACAGAUGACUCAAGGUCCACCUCAGGGUCCACCAGGUCAAUCUCAGGUGCCACAAGGUUCAUCUCAAGUACAGCAAGGACAGCCACAGAUGCAACAAGGACCUCCCCAGAUGCAACAAGGACCUCCCCAGAUGCAACAAGGACCUCCUCAGAUGCAACAAGGACCUCCUCAGUUGCAACAAGGACCUCCCCAGAUGCAGCAAGGACCUCCCCAUAUGCAGCAAGGACCUCCCCAGAUGCAGCAAGGACCUCCCCAGAUGCAGCAAGGACUUCCACAGAUGCAACAAGGACCCACUCAGAUGCAACAAGGGCCUCCUCAACUGCAGCAAGGACAGCCUCAGAUGCAGCAGGGACCUCCACAGAUGCAUCAGGGACUUCCGCAAAUACAAGGACCUCCUCAAAUGCAACCUGGUGCUCCACAGACCCAACAGGCCCCACCUCAGCCCCAACAAGGUGGCCAGCAGACACAACAGGGUCCUCAACAGGGACAACAGGCUCCUUCACAGGUGCAACAGGGGCCACCAGGACCAGCAGGUAUUCUUCCCGUUUCAACAGGUCCGCCUGUAAGCCACGUAACCAGUCAUCCUAUAAUGACUUCGUGCGUCCCCACGCAAUCUCACGUACAACCUCAUCCAGGUUUGCCUCCGGGUAUGCCGCCACAUAUACAGGGCCAUCCUAAUAUGCCCCCAGGCCCUCAUCCUGGGCUGCCGUCUCCCUAUCACCAGGGCCAUCCCAGCAUGCAGCCUAACUAUGCCCCUCACCCUGGCAUGGCUCCGCACCCCCAAUACGGUCAUCAUCCGGGGGGACCUCCGAUGAUGCAUCAAGGUUAUCCCGGAAGUUACCCUAUGCCCAGCGGCCACCCUGGCAUGGGGCCCCAUCCAGGCAUGUUGCACGCGCAUCCUGGGAUUCAACAGCACCCUGGCAUGCCGCCCCCACAUCCAGGCCAACCGCAGGGGCCCGGUCAACAGCCGGGUGGUCCUCAAGGAACUCAGCAACCCGGCCAACAGCCAGGCUCCGGACCGCAAAGUGAAAAUUCCUCAGCGCAGCCUACAGCAGGACAGAGCGACCAAACCAGCGAAAAAAUGGAACAUUAG